AUGUUUUCUGAAAGCUGUCCACCAUUAGCAUGGGACAAAGAGAAUGCUUACACCCGUGAAGCUGUUGAGUUGUACUUUGAGGCUGGUUCUGGAGUUUGUUUAUCCAGGAAAGAAAUUCUUCGUUAUUUUUUGGAGGCAACAGCUGGUUCUCAUUUGGAAAACUUUGGCGAUGAGGAGAAGGAUAAAGCUGAUAGUCAGACUGAAGGCAGCCCUGCAGAUGGUAUGUUUCUCAUCUAUCCCUUCUUUAUCAAGUAA